GCUCUGUGUAUCUAUGAAAUGUUUUCUGUUUAUAAGAAUAGAUGGCUUAUUUAUAUCAGGUUGAACAGUGAUUAGUGAUGUCUGUUGCUAAGAGAUUCCUGUUCAGAUGCUGAUCUGAUCCGAAUGAACCGAGAAUUUGUUGCUACAAUCAGAAUGGCACUCUGACAUUUUGUCGCUGUUUAAAGAGACUGAGCUACCUAGUGAGAUAGCUCCUGAUUAAGUGCUUUGAGAUGGUGGUCGAGGUUGAGAAUUUCUUCGGUGUGUAUAUGCUGUACUGCACUAAUCCUAAAUUCAAGGGUCGUAUCUACAUUGGCUUCACCGUGAACCCAGAGCGCCGGAUAGGGCAACACAACGCCGGGCGACACAGGGGCGGAGCCAAGAGGACCAGCGGACGAGGACCAUGGGAAAUGGUUCUCAUCAUUCAUGGCUUUCCAUCAGACAUUGCAGCUUUAAGAUUUGAGUGGGCAUGGCAGCACCCCCACUCCUCCCGCCGGCUGUCUCACGUGGCGCGGCGGGCGCGGCGCGAAUCCAGCCUGCAGUUCCACUGGCGCGUGGUGUCGCACAUGCUGCGGGUGGCGCCAUGGAGCCGGCUGCCGCUCACCGCCCGCUGGCUGAGGCAGGAGUACCGGCUGGACUUCGAGCCGGGCCUCCAGCCCCCACUGCACGUGCCCCUGGCCUUCGGCAGCGUGAGGGCCAAGAAGCAGCCGCCGCACCCCCCUGAGGAGGGGCUGCCGAAGGAGCAGAGGCCAGAGACCUGUAAGCUCUGCCGGGAGGUCGUUCAGUCUGUUGACAGAUUGUCCUGCUUCCAUCCCUCUUGUCAAAUGACCUGUCAUGUGAUCUGCCUGGCCAAGCACUUCCUGAAAUCUGAGCCCACGCAUCUACUCCCAGUGGAAGGGGAGUGCCCUGGCUGUCACAAUUCUGUACUGUGGGGCAAUCUGAUUCGUCACAAGAAAGGUUGCUAUGGCGACCUGGAAGAAAUUACAGCAUCAUCAUCAUCUCAGAGCCAUUGGGCAGACGAACUUCAGAUCUGAACUGAGCCAAUCUGCCACUCAGAGUCACCACUGGUUUCCCACUCGCUCCCAUUGGUCACUGUGAAGAAUGACGCCUUUGAAGAGAACUUCUGAACAUCACGACGGAUCGCCACCUUUGAGGAACCUGAUGAAGAGCCUCGGGUGUGCAGGUGUUGUGCAGGCACAACGCAGUACAUGAUGAUUUGGGAUUUCUGGCAAAACAUCAGUCAGCACAACCACCUUGUGAAUGCACACUUCUCCAGAGGUAUAUGGAUAUUUUAACAACUGCUGGUAUUGAAACAAAAUCAGCCAUCAAAAAGCACACAUUAACAAAAGGAUUAUGGGUAGUAACUGGUGGGUAGUCAGACCCUUGGAAUUGUAUUUCAGUAAGUCACUGUGACACAAGUCUUACUCUUGUGUCUAAGGAUGUUCAACUCAGAGACGCAGUUGAACGCAUCAGCCGACUGAUUUUAACCGUGAAACAUUUGACGCUUAAAUGAAAGUUAUGUCAAAGUGGUUUUUAAUGCAUAAGAAAACAAAACACUGUUUUUUUUUUAAGUACAAGAAUGUGUUUAUUUUUAAAGU